CUGAGCGACAGGAGCUUUAAUAACAGCACAGCGGCCACAGACGCACCGAGCUCGCGCUUCACGGACACACGCACCCAGCGGAGGACCAUGGCGUGUUAAUACUGCUCUCCAAGUGCUGCACACCUCCCUCUCUCUCUCUCUCUCUCUCUCUCUCUCUCUCUCUCUCUCUUUCUUUCUAUCCUCUCCUCUCCUCAGAAGAUGGAGCUCCGGUUUGCGUGUCGGUGGCUGACGCUUCUCGUGUGCGCGCUCCCGCGGCUGCGCGCUACUGGAGACUUGCCGCCGUGUCUGGAGACAGAUUACUACUUUGAGUACACAGAAUGUGACAGCACAGGCGCACGCUGGAGAGUGGCCAUCCCGCACAGGCAGGGCAGCUGCACUGGCCUCCCGGAGCCUGUCAGAGGCACUGACUGCACUUUCUCCUGUGAGGCGGGAGAGUUUUUGGAGAUGUCCUCUCAGCAGUGUACAGCUUGUGCAGCAGGCUUCUAUUCACUGGGUAGUGGCGUGCGGUUUGACCAGUGGGACUCUAUUCCUGCUGGGUUCAGCAGCCUGGCCACCUACAUGGAGCCUGAGGGAUCUGGGGAUGAGUCUCUGUCCUGUAACAAUUCAUCAUGGACACCUCAGGGGAGUCACUUGGAGUCGAAUCGGGACGAGUGCACGGUUUCACUGGUGUAUGCCGUUCAUUUGAUGAAACAGGGUUCCGUCUCAUUUGACUACCAAUAUGUUGACAACAACGUGUUCUUCGAAUUCUUUAUUCAAAAUGACCAGUGCCAGGAAAUGGACCAAACAGCCGACCAGAAGUGGAUCAAGCUCACCUCUAAUGGUGAAUGGGGAACACAUACGGUGAAUCUGAAGUCAGGCACUAAUAUUCUGUACUGGAGGACCACAGGUAUUUUGUUGGGAGGGAAACCUGUGAAGCCUGUUCUGCUGAAGAACAUCCAGAUUGAAGGUGUGGCAUACGCGUCAGAGUGUUUCCCUUGCAGACCUGGAACAUUCAGUAAAACUCCAGGCUCCUCUUCCUGUGAUCUUUGCCCCAGGAACACCUACUCCAACAAGGGAGCCAGCUCAUGCACACCGUGCCCAGGGACACAAUACUCAGAGGAAGGCUGGGCGGAGUGUAAGGAGAGGCCAGCGUGCUCUGAGAAAGAUUACUUUCAGAUCCACACCGCCUGCGACAGCACUGGAAAAACACAGGUUCUGUAUCGGUGGGUGGAGCCGAAGGUCUGUGUGGAAGACAGUGUAAGUGGAGCGGUGGCUCUGCCCCCUUCAGGAGAAAAAGAAGAUUGCCCACCCUGCAACCCAGGCUUCUACACACACAACUCCUCCACCUGCUUACCCUGCCCCACUGGAACAUUCUCUGAUGGAACCACAGACUGCCAGGCCUGUCCUGCAGGAACAGAGCCAUCACUGGCAUACGAGUACAAAUGGUGGAACAUUUUACCCAGAAACAUGAAAACAUCCUGCUUCAAUGUGGGAAACUCCAAAUGUGACGACAUGAAUGGUUGGGAGGUAGCUGGUGAUCACAUUCACAGUGGAAUUGGAGGAUCUGAUAAUGAUUAUCUUAUUCUGAGUCUACGAGUGCCUGGAUUUAAACUUCCAACGUCCAUAGCUGGGGUGACAGCCAGCGAGUUUGGUCGAAUCACAUUUGUUUUUGAGACCAUCUGCUCUGCAGACUGUGAACUCUACUUUAUGAUGGAUGUGAACAGGAAGAGCACUAAUGUGGUGGAGUCGUGGGAGGGCACCAAAUCCAAACGAGCGUACACACACAUCAUGACUAAGAACGCCUCAGUCUCUUACACAUGGGCCUUCCAACGCACCAACAAGCCUUCUGAUGUGCGCCGCUAUGUGAAUGACAUAGUAAAGAUCUACUCCAUCACCGUCACUAACGCUCUGGAUGGCUCGGCCUCUUCCUGCCACGCCUGUGCGCUGGUGAGUCAGGAGAGCGGCUCGUCCUGUGUGCCCUGCCCCCCCGGCCACUUCAUAGACAAAGAUACCAACCAGUGCCAGGAGUGCCCCCCCAACACCUUCCUCUCCGGGCAUCACAUCUAUGGCCAAGAGGCCUGCCAGUCAUGUGGCCCCGGCAGCAGGAGCAAUAAGGAACAUUCGGUUUGUUUCAGCGACUGCUCCUUCUCCCACACAGAUCAGAAUCGAACCUUCACCUAUGACCUCAGUGCCUUAAGCUCAGUGGGAUCCAUCAUGAAUGGGCCAAGUUUCACUUCCAAAGGAACCAAAUACUUCCAUCAGUUCAACAUCAGCCUGUGUGGUGCAGAGGGGAGGAAGGUGGCUGUCUGUACAGAUAACGUCACAGAUCUGGCCACCAAGGACCUGCAGAGCGAGUCAGCAGGCCUCAACAAUUACGUUCAGACUUUUGUUUGCCAGUCCACCAUCAUCCCAGCAGAUGGGCGGGGCUUCCGGACAGCUCUCUCCUCUCAGUCUAUCAGUCUGGCCGACACCUUCCUUGGGGCUACAGUAGACAGCACUCUGGAUGGAGUGAGUGUAAGGCCAGACCUGUUUCCUGGAAGAUCAUGGAAACUUCCAGAUAUUAACUUUUUUUUUCGUUCUCCCCUGGUCACUGCUUCAUGUGAACAUGGGCGCAGUGCAGUCAUUACUCUGCGCUGCAACCCUGAGAAAGGAGAGCGUGGAGAACUUACAGUAUCAAGUAAGUGUCCUGCAGGUACCUGUGAUGGCUGUAUGUUUUAUUUUCUGUGGGAGAGUUCCAGUGCCUGUCCAAUAUGCACCGAUGCAGACUACCACUCCAUAGAGGGAGCGUGUAAAGGAGGCAUGCAGGACACCCUGUAUGUGUGGAACGAGCCAAAGCUUUGCACGAAAGGAGUCUCGCUCCCCGAAAAGAGCUCCACCCCCUGUGAAGCUGUCCCCCUGUGGCUGAAGGUUGGAAUCGGGGGUGGGGCUUUUAUGGCAGUCCUCCUUAUUUCUCUUACAUGUUACUUCUGGAAGAAAAACAAGAAGCUAGAAUAUAAGUAUUCCCGCCUCGUGAUGUCGGCUAAUAAGGAUUGUGAGCUGCCUGCAGCAGACAGCUGUGCUCUGGCAGAAGGCGAGGAGAAUGAAGAUGACGUGGUUUACUCCAACACUCCAUCACUACUGGGCAAACUGAAGGCUAUCGCCAGCAAGCAGGGAGACGGUGAGAGCAGUGAGUCAGUGCAGCUGAAGUCGUCUCAGGCAGAGAGAUGGGUGUGGGGAUAGUCCAGCGGAGGAGGCAGGAGGAGGUCACACUUCAUGCAGGACGGGAGCGAGAGAGACAGAGACUCUUCUGCUUGCUGGGAUCAUCUCUGUACUCCCACAUCUCUGUACUUGUUCCUAAUCCGCUUUGACCAGCUGUGGGCAGUCCUCAGAAAUGUCUCAACUGUUUACAUAUCUCUUUCGGUUCCACAUGCAGCGUGGGAACACUUUAACACAUGGAAUUCUUCGCAAGAGGCUCCCUGAUUCAUGCAUUGAUUACUAUGUAUAUACAGUAUAUAUAUUUGCCUACGCACAAACAGAUUUGAUUUUCUAAAGUAUAUAUUACACAAAUUGUGUAAAUCCUUUCCUCAUACUUUUCUAGUUUAUCCAGGUUGUAGAGAUUUUUUAUGGUUUUGGUGGUUUAUUGUGAAAUUCAUGCGUCCAAAGCAAGAUUAUGUAAAUAUAACAUCUGGUAGACUUUUACAGGGGGCAUAGAACAAGAGAACAGACAUGAUUUAAGCAAAGACACCUGUAAUAUUUCCUCAGUGUUUCUCUAUUGAAAAAGAACAGAGCAUGUGGCACAUCAUAUAUACAGCAAAAAAAAAAAACACACUUAAAAAAACACUUAAAAAUAAUGAGUUUUCGAUUUUACAAAAUUAAAAACCUCUGGAUUAUAAUCAGGAGGAAUAUUUAUGAUCACAAGCCAUCAAACCAAGCUGAACUGCUUGAAUUUUUGCACCAGGAGUAAAGCAGCAUAAAGUUAUCCAAAAGCAGUGUGUAAGACUGGUGGAGGAGAGAACAUGCCAAGAUGCACGAAAACUGUGAUUAAAAACAGGGUUAUUCCACCAAAUAUUCAUUCAUAAACUCUCAAAACUUCGCAUUAUUUGAGGUCCAGUGUCCAUCCUUAUAAUUGGAUCAACAUCAGUAGCUGAAGUGUUUAUAGAUAAAACACAAGCUGUCAAGAUAAUAGAUAAUACUUUUGGUCAAUGAAAACACUAAAUGAACUGGAAAUGAUUUUACCUGAUUGAAGAUGCCGAAAGUCAUCAGUAUUUGUAUUUGUACUUCAGUAUUUGACGUCACCUUUCCAUGAGCAUGCUGACUAUUCUUUUACCUCACAUUGAUUAUUAAGUGUGGGAACUUGGGAACACUCACACCCAUACAUGCUGUUAAAUUGUUAUAUUGAGAGUGAGGUAAAACAAUAGUCAGCAUGCUCAUGGAAAGGUGACGUCAAAUACUGAAGUUUGAGUGGUAGAUGGAUGGGAUGUUCCAUUUCUGAGGUUGUACUGGCAUUUAACAUGUGUGUACCAAGAAUACCUCCUAGAAGGCAUUACCACCCACAGUGGACAGAGCAGUGGAUGGUUAUGACUGUGACCGGCGACAUCUGGCUAGAAUGUCCCAUUGAACGAGACAAGUGACUCAUAAUCUAAGACUUUUGGAAUGAGACCAGUUUGAGGCAGAAACUGUUCUAUGCCCCACAGUCCAUUUAAAUUAUUUUUUGAGGCAUGUAUUUCACAACAGAAACACCAAAACUAGUGAUAGCUAAAAACUGGAAUCUGGAAUAGCAGUUUUUUGGAAAAAAAAAAGUAGGACUGUUUUUAAACUCUAAUCCCUGAAACAGAAUUGCAAAGUUGAAUGUCACAGACGCAUUAUUUGCCACAAAGUAGCCUACAUCACACUCUGCAUUCAACAGGACACAUCAAAAAUACAGGUUGCUGCCAUGCAAGAACAUUGUAUCUCCAUUUUUGCUGUUUUCCACUUCUUUUUUUAUUUAUUUGUAUUUUUUUUACAUCUUACAAAAAGUCAUGAUCAGUGUACCAAAAGAAACGCUCAAAAACUUUCAUAAGUUGACUUCCUUUAGAAGGAUACAAGUGGUCCAGUGCUGUCACUGUGAGCUGAAGAUCACAGAACCUGCUGCAGCAGCCAGAGUCAGAGAGAGUAGCUCUCUUUGGAUGGGUAGAUGGUUUACUCUCCCCACAUCACUCUUAAUGUAAUGCUGGUCAGUAGAGAGAUCUGUUCGCUGAUUAGGGCUGCAGUGAAUGAUUACUUUGGUAGUCGACUAAUCUGAUGAUUGUUUUUUCGAUUAGUCGAUUAGAAAAACGAUUAUUUCUGCCAUGUCCUCCAUCUCUAAAAACAAUUGGAUUUAAAAGGCAUUCAAGUGUCUAAAUGUUGUUAAAACAUGGAAAUUACUGAUAUAUAGUGAUUAAUUAUGUAAUCUGUUGAAUUUGGGCAUUUUUUGGAGACAAAGACUAAAUUAAGUGUGUGUUAUAAAUGAACAAUUAGUAGACAAUAAAACUUUAAAUAAUAAUAAUUUAAAUAAUUGACAUUGUCGAUUGUAUCGACUAAUCGCUGAAGCCCUAUAGCUAAUAUAUCAGAGCUGGGGAUCUGACGCUUUCCUUGAAAGCUCAUUGGCUACUCUGUGGCAGUUUAUAAAGAGACGGUGGUGAUUGGCUACACAUCGGAGGAGGCAUGUGCUAGUCUUCACCCUGCUUGUGUCAGGGGCAUUACUAGUGAUGGGAGGGAGUUCAAACAAAUAGGAAUUGAGUGAUUGGCCUUUCAAAUUUGGUGGAAAUCAAGCAAAAACAAAUCAAUACAUUUUGUUUCUCCCUUUAUAAAAGUGCCAUUUUAGAGAUUUUUGCAUAAUGGCACAAUCCAUGCUUGAGUUCUCAUACAACAGCCUGGAUUCACCUAUAAAACAGAGCUCUGACGAGUACAUCGGUGUGUUAUCAGUAUACUAACAUUUCAAGCCUAAAGAUUGGUUUACUUAAUAUUAGAUCUCUAAAUUCAAAAGCAGUUCUAGUGAAUGAAAUGAUAACUGAUCAGAAAUUCGAUGUUCUGUGUCUGACAGGAACCUGGAUUAGGCCAAAUGAAUAUGUAGCAUUAAAUGAAGCCACCCCUGCAGGCUAUAAUUAUAUACACAAUCCGAGAUUGUCCGGUAGAGGAGGUGGGGUCUGCAUAUUUUUCCAAAGUACCUUAGUUAGCAAUCAGAAACACUAUGAAAAUUUUACUUCUUUUGAGCUUCUUUACACCAGUAUAUUUAAUCCAGUUACAAAAAAGAAUGCAUUUUCUUUAAUUAACAUCUACAGACCACCAGGGCCCUAUUUAGAAUUUUUAAAAGAAUUUAGUGAUUUUGUCACAGACUUAGCAGUAAGUAAUGAUAAAGUGAUUAUAGUUGGAGACUUCAACAUUCAUUUCAAAAAAUUGGAUGAUCCAUUAAAAAAGGCAUUCACAUCGAUUUUAGACUCAGUUGGUAUUAUUCAAAAUAUAACAGGACCUACUCAUUACUGUAAUCAUACUCUGGAUUUAGUUUUGACCCUGGGUGUGAGCAUAGAUAACCCGAAUAUUCGUUCUCAAACCUCCGCAAUUUCAGAUCAUUACCUUAUUUCAUUUAAAUUACAUCUCAGUCAUAAUAUACGUACAUCCCCUAGCUACUCUGUAAAACGUUCAAUUACGCCUUUUACAGCCCAACAAUUUACAGGUAAGCUUCCAGACUUAUCAACUCUAAUGUACUCUCCUAUAGACCCAGUAGAACUAGACAAACUAACCGAAGGUUUAGAAAAUACCUUUCGCUCUACCUUAGAUGUUGUAGCACCCCUUAAACACAAAAUAGAGAGACAGAAAAAGCUCGCACCGUGGUACAAUGAUCAAACUCGUACCUUAAAGCAGUUAGUACGAAAUUUAGAGCGUAAAUAUCGAUCAACUAAACUGGAAGUGUUUCACUCUGCGUGGAAAGACAGUCUUGUUAAAUAUAGAAAAGAACUUAAUAAAGCCCGCUCAGCGUAUCUGGCCUCACAGAUCGAGAUAAAUAAAAAUAAUCCUAGAGUUCUCUUUAGUGUUAUUUCCGAAUUAACUAAAAGCCAGGCAGGUACUGAACCUCAGAUUCCAGCCAUUCACACCAGCAACGAUUUUAUGGACUUCUUCAAUAGUAAAAUUGAAAACAUUCGGGAUAAAAUUAAACAGAUAAAUAUAACAUCCUCUCUGUCAUCUGGUCUGGCUGAUCUAGAACAAAACCCUGUUACUGAAGUUAGGUUGGAAGUCUUUAACCCACUUCCACAGCUAGAACUAGAGAAAAUUGUCUCCUCUUCAAACAGCACAACCUGCACACUUGAUGCAGUUCCCACAAAAUUACUAAAACAGGUACUGCCAGAUAUAAUUAAACCUCUGUUAAUGAUAGUAAACUCAUCGCUCACCCUGGGCCAUGUACCCAAAGCCUUUAAAACAGCUGUAAUUAAACCUCUGAUCAAAAAACCAAAUCUUGAUCCUAGUGUACUGUCUAACUAUAGACCUAUUUCAAACUUACCCUUUAUUUCUAAGAUUUUAGAAAAAGCUGUAGCCCAACAACUUUGCUCUUACCUGCAAAGAAACCAGAUCUAUGAAAAAUUUCAAUCUGGAUUUAGGCCUUAUCAUAGCACUGAGACAGCUUUAUUUAGAAUAACAAACAAUCUACUUAUAGCCGCCGACCAAGGCUGUGUUUCCCUACUCGUACUUCUCGAUCUGAGCGCAGCCUUUGAUACAAUAGAUCAUACUAUCCUUUUAGAAAGACUAGAGAACAUGGUCGGUGUAACCGGAACUGCCUUAGCAUGGUUUAAAUCGUACUUAACCGAUCGCUAUCAGUUUGUGAGGAUAAAUGAUAUGUCUUCCAGUUAUACCAAGGUAAGAUAUGGAAUUCCACAAGGCUCUAUAUUAGGACCGUUAUUAUUUACAUUAUAUAUGCUCCCACUGGGCAAAGUUAUUAGAAAACAUUUUGUGAAUUUUCAUUGUUCUUCAUAUCAGCCAAACCUGAUGACAGAGUGAGAUUAAAGAAAAUCGAGGAUUGUGUAGAAGAUGUAAAAUCAUGGAUGUCGCACAACUUCCUCCUAUUAAAUAGUGAUAAAACAGAAGUUCUCCUAUUAGGCCCCAAAGCUGCUAGAAAUAAAUUAUCAGACUUAAUGCUAAAUCUGACUGACUUCUCAGCCACCCCUGGUUCAGCAGCUAAAAACCUUGGAGUUAUCAUAAAUUCAGAUCUAGCAUUCGAUAAACACAUAUCUAAUGUUACUAGAACAGCUUUUCUACACCUCCGUAAUAUUGCCAAGCUAAGAAAUGCCCUAUCACUGCAUGACGCAGAAAAAUUAGUACAUGCCUUUAUUACCUCAAGGCUAGAUUAUUGUAAUGCGCUACUGUCUGGAUGUUCCGGCAGUAACUUAAAUAAACUUCAGCUAGUUCAAAAUGCUGCAGCCAGGGUCCUUACUAAAACGAGAAAAUUUGACCAUAUUAGUCCAGUACUAUCAGCACUGCACUGGCUUCCAGUCAAAUUCCGCAUAGACUAUAAAAUUCUCCUGUUAACGUAUAAAGCCCUACAUGGACUCGCUCCUGAGUAUUUACAAGACCUCAUCUCCUGUUAUGAACCACCGCGAUUACUUAGAUCUCAGGGUGCUGGUUUAUUAGUAGUUCCUAAAAUUCAGAGGAGCUCUGCAGGAGGAAGAGCUUUCUCUUAUAAAGCGCCUCAACUAUGGAAUAAUCUCCCCGAAUAUGUUCGGGACUCAGACACAGUCUCAAUCUUAAACUCAAUCUUAAACUCAAUCUGAAAACUUACUUGUUUAGUUUAGCUUUUGGUAAUUAAUGUUUUUCCCUUUAGACAAGGCUGCAGAUUCAGGGGUUCAUGGACAGAGGAAAUUGUGGUAAACUGAGAUGCUGGUGCUGCUGUUCUCCCACUGCACACGGUCACUCAGGUUUGUGGACGGUGGAGUGGGUGGAUGCCAGUGUUUCAGGGAGCCUUCAUGUCUAUGUUACCUUCUGGCUCUUUACCUUUAGUUAGGCUGUUUUAUUUAGAUCUGCCGGAGUCAUUUGCCACACUCAGAUAAUGUUUUAUAUUCUCUGUUUUACAUAAAUCCAGUCAAAACUAAUUCCAUCUCUCUGCCUUCCUCCGAGUUACUGACUGCCCACCUGUCUGACCUGAUACCGAGGGAUGUUGGACCCUCAGGCUCUCAUGUCCUCCCUCACUAGCUGACUGGAAGUUUCUGAAGUCAGCUCUUCUCCAUCCACCACCACAGAUCAGCUGCUCAUCAUCCAUCUUACUCUAUAAGCCAUUAGUGGAGCUGCUAUACAUCUGAAUAUAUAAAACCGCAGAGCUCAUGAGCUGAAAUGCAUCUGAAUACUUUAAGCAUCCCACUGAGAAAAAUAGCCUUCUCUCAUUUCCAGACAGUUGUCGUAUUUCUGAGUGUAAAUAAGUAAGAGGACGGCUGAUAAAAAUGCAGAGAAAGCCUAAAACUCGGGCAUGUGAAGUGACUGCAUGUCAGUGACUGUUCAGUGAAUAAAAAGCCCUCUUCAGGCUCUCACUCAUAGUCCACCUCCAGCAUUCAGCCAACAGAGGGCAGCAGAGGCAGUGCUGAAUUACCCAGCGGGCUGUGCUCCCACCUGCAGCCCAUCACUCUCCUGUUACCAUAGAUACUGUGGAGGACAAGAGCCAGUACUCUUUUCUACUUUCUAUUUUGUAUCGUUGUGUAUUUUGAGCUGUAAAGAGUUCUUGUUGAGAUUUCUAAUUGUUUUUUUCUUCCCUGAGUACAGAGUUCAGCUAAUGCUUUAAUAAACUUUCAGAGCGCUUUACACUCUA